AUUCUUACGCUAGCGGCCAACUGCCUAGACUGAAGCUCAUCCCCCCCUUUGGCAUGGUUUAAGAUAUUGUAAUCCAGUCUUGGGAUUAGACAAGGCUGCCAUUGAUUUGAUCUUGAUCUGAGUCUGCUCCUGUGUUCCUGGAUCCGAAGUAUUAUCAAACUUUGCAAGUUUGAAAGAUAAGUGGGAGACAGAAUCAAAGUCCUUUAACGACUUUUGAAAAAGAAAAAAAAGACUUCCACUAGUGGCGUAGUGCCUAAGCCAAGCAUUUGUAAAGGACGAGGUAUUAUGAAACUUUGCAAUAAAUACAGUUUGAUGAAGACCCUGAUCAACGCUGAAGAAAUGGAGAACCUUACCACUCCCAAUCUUUCGAUCGGUCCGAAGAGCGGAUUCUGCUCUAAGACAAAGAUCUACUAUAGCCUCAGACCCCCGGUGCAACUUCCGCCGGAGACAAUCCCCCUCUCCGCCGCUGCUUAUGCUCUGUCUCUCCUUCGCAAGACCAACUUAUCGCCGGAAAACACCACCGUACUUAUUGAUGCUGCUACAGGCCACCGCUUCUCCCACUCCCAAUUCAUCUGCCGGGUCAAAGCCCUUUCCAGUAAUCUGAUUACCAAAAUUGGUCUCUCCAAAGGUGACACCGCCUUCAUUUUAUCUCCAACGUCCCUCCAAAUCCCAAUCCUCUACUUCUCUCUCCUCACCCUUGGUGUCGUCAUCUCUCCCGCCAACCCAACUAGCACAAAGUCCGAGAUUUCCCACCAAAUUAAGAUCAGCAAACCAGUAAUCGCCUUCGCCACCUCCGCCACCUCCGCCACCGUCGGGAAGCACCCUUCCUUCCGUCAUGGCACUGUUCUCGUGGACUCGCCUGAUUUUGAAUCCAUGAUGAUGACGUCGGAAUCGGAAUUGGAACUAGUCGGGGUGGACCAAUUAGACUCGGCAGCGAUUAUGUAUUCGUCGGGGACGACCGGUCAAGUCAAGGGUGUGGUGUUGACUCACCGGAACCUCAUCGCUUUAUUGGCAGGGUUCCACGUGCCGCGGCCGGAGACGGAUGAGAAGAAUCUGCCACCGGCGGUGUUGCUGAUUACUUUGCCAUUGUUUCUUAUAUUCGGGUUGUUAAUGUGUGUGAGAGCGGUGGCUUGGGCGGAGACGAUGGUGCUGAUGGAGAGGUUCGACUUCGAAGGGACGCUGAGAGCGGUAGAGGCGUAUAAGGUGGAUUUCAUGCCACUGUCGCCACCGCUUCUGGUGGAGAUGGCGAAGUCGGAGGUGGUGAAGAAAUAUGAUCUUAGCUCGCUCCAGGUGGUGUGGUGUGGAGGAGCGCCGCUGGGGAAGGAGGCCAUUGAAAGGUUCGUGUCUCGGUUUCCCAACGUGACAAUAGAACAGGGCUAUGGUUUGACUGAAUCAUCAGGCGCUGCAGCAAGGAUGGUAGGGCCUGAGGAGGCUAAGCAAUAUAGCUCUGUUGGCCGACUAGUUGUGAAUCAAGAAGCCAAGAUAGUUGAUCCUGUAACUGGGGAGCCCUUGCCUCCAGGCCGACUUGGAGAGCUAUGGAUACGAGGACCAAUCAUCAUGAAAGGUUAUGUUGGAGAUGAUGAGGCAACAACUUCAACCUUGGAUCCAAAGGAGGGUUGGUUAAAAACUGGAGAUCUUUGUUAUUUUGACUCGGAUGGAUUCCUUCACAUUGUUGAUAGGUUAAAGGAAUUGAUCAAAUACAAAGCAUACCAGGUUCCACCAGCUGAGCUAGAACAUUUGCUCCAUUCCCAUCCUGAAAUCGCUGAUGCUGCUGUGAUUCCGUAUCCAGAUGAAGAAGCGGGCCAGAUUCCCAUGGCAUAUACAGUGAGAAAACAAGGGAGUAAUCUUACUGAAGCUCAAGUUAUGGAUUUUAUUGCUAAACAGGUGGCACCAUACAAGAAGAUACGCAAAGUUGCUUUCAUUAACUCAAUUCCCAAAACUCCUUCUGGGAAGAUCUUGAGAAGAGAGCUUGUCAUUCGUGCUCUUUCUGGUGCUUCAGCUAAACUAUGAUGAUCCCAUUUGUUUGCGUAAAAUUACAGUGGCAUCUAAUUAUCAACAAUGGAAAUUACUGCAACGUAGUGAUGCUUCUUGUAACAAGAAACUUUAAGAUGUUAUGGAGAAAACGGUGUGGCUAAGUAGUGCCAUGGGUCAUUCUCCUUAAUACUGUAGAUGUUCCUUAUGAAGCAAUUUGGGCAGUUGUUGCACUUACUUACCGGGCUGUGUUGAGGCACACUCAAGUUGUGCUCGACAAGGUUCUAAAACUUAGGAAGGGCAAUGCCCAUACCAUUUCAAUACUAUUUUGGAAUGGACUGUAUUGAACAAA